AUGUUGUUCCAGGUCCUCUUCCUGUGUCUGUUCGCUUUCAGUUCCUCCGUCUUUGCCGCCUUCGGCUUCACCAAGUCCGGCAGCAACUAUGUUAUUGACGCCGGGUCGUCGGAAGCCCUUGUGUUUACUGUCAGUGGUUCAAGCUGCGAUGUGACCUCGAUCAAGUAUCGUGGUGUUGAGUACCAGUACUCGAGCAAGGGCACACACAUCUCCUCGGGCUUGGGCUCUGCCACCGUCAGUGUGACCACCGUGAAGGGCUCAAGCAACUUUAUCAAGGUUACGUGCACCACGUCGACCCUGACACAUUACAUGGUGGUCAAGGAGGGCCAGAGUAUCAUCUACCUCGCCGACUACAUCUCUGCUGAACCUGAUAUCGGCGAGCUGCGCUUCAUCGCCCGACUCAAGCCGGAUCUGCUUCCUUCUGAGUACCCCUAUGGAUCAGCCUCCACGACGGGUGGCAGCAGCUCAACCGUUGAGGGCUCUGAUGUCUUCGUUGUCGAUGGGCAAACCCGAUCCAAGUUCUACUCGAGCACUCGCUUUAUUGACGAGAACGUCCAUUGCGUCUACGGUGGCUCUGACGUUGUGCAUGCGUGUAUCAUGACUCCACAACAAGAAUCGUCCUCCGGUGGGCCCUUCUUCCGCGACAUCGACACCAACAACGCCGGCGAUUCGACCAACCUGUACAACUACAUGAACAGCGGCCAUGUCCAGACGGAAGCCUUCCGCACCAACGUUCUGCACGGCCCUUACGUCUUUCAAUGGUCUCGAUCCGGUAUCCCGGCCGUGAAGAGCGCCGACACUUCCUUCUUCAGCGAGCUCGGCAUCACAGGCUACGUAGCCACCUCCGGACGUGGCUACGUCUCUGGCACCGCAUCGGGCGUCUCCAGCAGCUUCGAGAUCGUCGUGCACUGGUACAACUCGGACGCUCAGUACUGGGUCAAGGCCUCUUCUAACGGCGCCUUCACGUCGCCCGCCAUGAAGCCUGGCACUUACACCAUGGUGCUGUACCAGACCGAGUUCAAGGUGGCUACAAGCACCGUCACCGUGUCCGCGGGCAAGACGACGACCGCCAACAUCGCCAGCACCCUCGUCUCGCACAAGUCGCUCUGGAAGAUCGGCGAAUACGAUGGCCAGCCCACGGGCUUCCUCAACGCUGACAAGUUCCUCCGCAUGCACCCCUCCGACUCGCGCAUGAGCAGCUGGGGACCCGUUACCUACACGGUUGGGUCCAGCUCCGUUGGACAGUUCCCUAUGGCGGUGUUUUCGUCUGUCAACAAUCCGGUCACCAUCAAGUUCGAUCUCGACUCCGUGCCCGGAGCCGCUACCCUGCGCAUUGCUACCACCUUGUCGUUCGCGGGCUCACGGCCCCAAGCUAAGGUUAACUCGUAUACGGGUCCUGCCCCGUCAGCUCCGACGAAGAUUGAUAGUCGGGGUGUGACACGUGGUGCGUACCGUGGGUUUGGCGAGGUGUACGAUGUCAGUAUUCCAUCGGGCACGCUCGUGGCAGGCUCGAACACGAUCACUAUCAGCUCGUUGUCGGGGAGCAGUGGGACGACAUUUUUGUCACCUAACUUUAUCUUUGACUGCGUGGAGCUAUUCACUAGUUAG